AUGAAGCGGUACCGGAAGUUGCAAGAAGACUACCAGGAAGCUGCCUCCACUGUCCAGGAACAGAAACUACUCAUCACUCAGCUGGAGGAGGACUUGCGCAGUUUCAAUGCCGUGUCUUCCAUGUUCCGGGGCGAAGCAGAGGGAGAACCAGUCACCGGAAGUCAAGUUGAAGCGGAUGUAGUUGCAGAAGUAGUCAAGGAUGUCAUUCCAUCAUCUGUUACACCAGGGGAGAAGUCUGCCGUUGAUUCCAUCUUGCCAAUCGUUCAAAGUCAGCGGGAAAGAUAUCGGCUUCGUGCACAGGAACUAGAAGCUGAACUAGAAGCUCACUCACUUGGUCAACAACAGCAAAUCAACCUGCUUCAAAAUGAGAUCGACAAACUUCGCUCAGACAACGUCAAGCUGUAUGAGAAGAUCCGGUUCCUUCAGAGUUACCCAAGUAAGGGAGGUCAUUCCUCUACUGAGGACGCAGAGAGUCGAUAUUCCAUGCAGUAUGAAGAACGUUUGGACCCAUUCUCCACAUUCAGCAAGAAGGAACGACAACGGAAGUACAUGAAUCUCAGACCAUAUGACAAAAUCACCCUCAGUAUGGGACGCUUCAUCAUGGGAAACAAGAUAGCUCGUACUAUUACAUUCUUCUACACGCUGCUCCUGCAUAGUCUUGUGUUCUUGGUACUCUACAAGCUGGCCCACACAGAGUCUUGCAAGCGAGACUAUUCGGCGGACUGCCAUGCAAAGUUUGCGGAGCACAUGCUCAAGGUACACGGUGCGCAAGACGACCACGUGCACAAGUAGCAAAGGAUGUCGGGAUAUAUGCAGAGGGACUAUGUAUUAUCACGUGACCAAUCGGGACUUGCAAAAUAAUGUUGCUUACAUGGAUUUUAUCAUUCAGUAAAAAGGAGUUACAUGUUUUAUUUAUUCAUUAAUUGUGAAUACGGAAUCUCUUUCUUCUCUUGUUAAAGACUUUGCAAAAUUUAUUAUCAUACCACAAAUCUUUCAGAACUAUUUUUACAACGCCAUAUAGAAUUGCAUUUAUCAACAGUACACUAGGCUAUACUGAAGUUCUUGCCUGUUGUAAUUGUAUUCACAAUAAAGAUGGGAUCAGUA